UGCCAAGCAAAACGCCCGAGUGUUCAAAAGAAAAAAAAAAAAACAACUGCUGCUCCAAGAUGGCCACGGCCGUCACUCGGCUCACACUUUUCUUAUCCACAGACACUCCGCAGCAGCGUCGCCGGUGCACUGAAUUCAAAUUAUCCACCGCUCUUUCUCCCUCCCAAACUCGUCUAUCCCUGCCUUCCAUUUCUUCGGCUACCUCCACUCGCCGGCGGAGGCUCGGCGUUUCCUGCCAGACUGCAGGAACACAACCCAAAGGCGUUUCCGACGCCGAAUUCGGCACCGAAUUCGGUCAGGAUCGUCUGCUGAAGGUGCCCGUUUCAAAUAUUAGAAAUUUCUGCAUUAUUGCGCAUAUUGAUCAUGGGAAGUCAACUUUGGCGGAUAAGCUGUUGCAGAUGACUGGUACUGUACAGAAGAGGGAGAUGAAAGAGCAGUUUUUAGAUAACAUGGAUUUGGAGAGAGAGAGAGGUAUCACAAUCAAACUGCAGGCAGCCCGAAUGCGCUAUGUGCUUGAAAGUGAGCCAUAUUGCUUAAAUCUAAUUGAUACUCCAGGGCAUGUUGACUUCUCAUAUGAGGUCUCUCGUUCUCUUGCUGCCUGUGAGGGAGCUCUCCUUGUUGUAGAUGCUUCUCAGGGGGUGGAAGCUCAGACACUGGCUAAUGUUUACCUGGCUCUGGAAAACAACCUAGAAAUUAUUCCUGUUUUGAACAAAAUAGAUCUCCCAGGUGCUGAACCAAAUCGUGUCACACAAGAAAUUGAAGAGGUUAUUGGAUUGGAUUGCAGCAAUGCAAUUUACUGCUCUGCCAAGGAAGGAAUAGGCAUAAAAGAAAUUCUAAAUGCCAUUGUUAAAAGGAUUCCACCACCUAAAGACACUGCUGACAAGCCUUUAAGGGCUCUUAUAUUUGAUAGUUACUAUGAUCCCUAUAGGGGUGUUAUUGUAUAUUUCCGAGUGAUUGAUGGGAGUAUAAAGAAAGGUGACAGAAUUUAUUUUAUGGCCAGUGGGAAGGAUUAUUAUGCUGAUGAAAUAGGUGUUUUAUCACCCAAUCAACUACAGGUUGAUGAACUCUAUGCUGGUGAGGUGGGCUAUCUCUCAGCCUCUAUAAGAACAGUAGCAGAUGCCAGGGUGGGGGAUACUAUCACUCACUAUACUAGAAAAGCAGAAAAUUCACUGCCUGGAUACGAGGAAGCCACUCCAAUGGUGUUCUGUGGCCUGUUUCCUGUUGAUGCUGACCAGUUUCCUGAGCUACGGGAUGCAUUAGAAAAGCUGCAACUUAAUGAUGCAGCAUUAAAGUUUGAGCCAGAAACCUCAAGUGCUAUGGGUUUUGGCUUCCGGUGUGGGUUCUUAGGCCUUCUUCAUAUGGAAAUUGUCCAGGAAAGGCUUGAGAGGGAAUACAACUUGACCCUGAUAACUACUGCUCCAAGUGUUGUUUACAGAGUGGAUUGUGUAAAUGGUGAUACUGUUGAAUGCUCAAAUCCAUCUUUACUUCCUGAACCUGGUAAGAGGAGGUCGAUAGAGGAGCCGUUUGUUAAGAUUGAAAUGCUCACACCAAAAGAUUAUAUUGGUCCUCUUAUGGAGCUGGCUCAAGAUCGAAGAGGUGAAUUUAAGGAAAUGAAAUACAUCACUGAGAAUAGAGCAUCAAUCACCUAUGAAUUGCCACUAUCAGAGAUGGUUGGGGACUUCUUUGAUCAACUGAAGUCCCGAAGUAAGGGCUAUGCUAGCAUGGAGUACUCCUUCGUUGGGUAUAGGGAAAGUGAAUUGAUAAAGCUGGAUAUUCAGAUUAAUGGUGAUCCUGUUGAACCAUUGGCCACUAUUGUCCACAAGGACAAGGCUUAUGCUGUGGGAAGAGCUUUGACACAAAAACUGAAGGAACUUAUACCAAGGCAAAUGUUUAAAGUACCCAUCCAAGCAUGCAUAGGUUCAAAGGUGAUUGCUAGUGAGACGUUAUCAGCAAUCCGGAAAGAUGUUCUAGCCAAAUGCUAUGGUGGUGAUAUUACAAGGAAAAAGAAAUUACUGAGGAAGCAGUCUGAAGGAAAGAAAAGGAUGAAAGCAAUAGGUAAAGUUGAUGUACCUCAGGAAGCCUUCAUGGCUGUGUUGAGAUUAGAAAAAGAGGUACUAUAGACAUUACUCCCCAGCCACUUCCUGUAUCAAAAUUACCAAAUCAAGAUUAUAGUCAAAGUUCGAGAAAGACUAAUUUUAUGGCCACGAAGAUGUAAUUAGUUCUAUGCAAUUUUCAGAAUAAACUGCUUGUUGCUUCCGUUUCAAUGCUACUAUAUUUGAUAAAAUGCAAGUAUUUAGGACUAAUAAUUUGAGCUUAGCAGAGUGAUUCCCUUGGAAAUUCCAUCAGAUUAAUGCUUCAGAAUUCAAUUAUCUGCCAUCUGAGAGUUUAGUAGAUACUUCCAGCUUACAUGGUUGGUGCACAGGCAUCAAGGAUUUGGACAUCUUUUAAGUUUGUUCUGACAUGUAUUCUAGAGUAAGGGAUGAAAAUUUUGGGUUUUAAUACAGAUGGAGUUCAAUUAGCUACAAAUUUAUCUCGGUUCCACUGCUGCACAUUGAUCUGUUAAUAUUGUUUUGAAAUUGUACUUCAAGUUCAAAACAUAUACAUUAUAAUACUUCAUGUACUUGAAUCAUAGCGAUGAUGAUCUUAACACCUAACAUGUAGGCCAUUAUUGUUAAACACUCAAUUUCUCCUUUUGGCAGUC